AUGGUGAAAAAAGUCCCCGAUUGGCUCAACAGCUCUCUCUGGUCCUCAUCGCCGUCAUCCCCUCCCCGCUCCGCCGUCGCCAGUCCCUUCCAACCGCCACAGCCUUCGCGUCCUCCGCCGCCCGCUGUCAUCCCCUCCGACCCUCUGCCUCCUCCCGACGUCCAAGAUCCUCCACCGACGCAAAGAAUCGAAGAUUCGCCCAGCGAAAAUCACGAAAACGCCUUUCCCUCCUCCUAUGACGUCACUCACCAGGCUCAAUUGCUGGCUGAGUUGUCGAAGAAGGUGGUGGAUAUGAGCGAGUUGCGAAGUCUCUCGUGUCAAGGUAUUCCUGAUGCUGCUGGGAUACGCUCGAUUGUGUGGAAGCUUUUGCUCGGAUAUCUUCCACCAGAACGAGGGCUUUGGUCAUCUGAGUUAGCAAAGAAGAGGUCCCAGUACAAACAAUUCAAAGAGGAGAUUCUCAUGAAUCCUUCAGAAAUCACAAGGAAGAUGUACAACUCCACAAUUUGUGAUACUGAUGAUGCUGACCGUGAAAGGGCUUUGCUCUCUAGAUCAGAAAUUACUCAUGGGGAGCAUCCUUUGAGCCUUGGGAAGACCAGUGUAUGGAAUCAAUUUUUCCAGGAUACAGAGAUCAUUGAUCAAAUUGACCGAGACGUAAAGCGCACUCAUCCUGAUAUGCAUUUUUUCUCUGGUGAUUCCCAAUUUGCAAAAUCUAAUCAGGAGGCUUUGAAGAAUGUAUUAAUUAUUUUUGCCAAGUUAAACCCAGGUGUAAGAUAUGUGCAAGGGAUGAAUGAGUUAUUGGCUCCUCUCUUCUACGUGUUCAAAAAUGACCCAGAGGAGGAAAAUGCAGCCUUUGCUGAAGCAGAUGCAUUUUUUUGUUUUGUUGAGCUCUUGAGUGGAUUACGAGAUAACUUUGUUCAACAACUCGACAACAGUGUUGUGGGAAUCCGUUCAACCAUUACGAGAUUGUCCCAGCUUUUGAAAGAACAUGAUGAAGAGUUGUGGCGUCAUCUUGAGGUCACUUCUAAAGUCAACCCUCAAUUCUAUGCAUUUAGAUGGAUUACUCUUCUGCUGACUCAGGAAUUCAAUUUUGCUGACAGCCUUCACAUUUGGGACACACUUUUAAGCGACCCUGAUGGUCCACAGGAGACUCUUCUCCGGGUAUGCUGUGCAAUGCUUGUUCUCGUGCGCAAGCGCCUCCUUGCUGGUGAUUUCACUUCAAAUCUCAAGCUACUGCAAAAUUAUCCCACCACAAACAUUAGUCAUUUGCUCUAUGUUGCCAACAAGUUUCGUGUACAGUCAAUCUAA